CAUUCUUUGCAUCAAUUGUUGUACUAAUUUUUUUUUUUUUUUUUGUGAUUGUAAUCGAGAAAUUGUUGUAAGCAUAGAGAACAGCCACGCAGCGGCACAUUACUUUAAAGUGAAACAUGUUAUUAAAUUUGCCAAGAUAUAUAUAUAUAUAUAAAUAAAUAGCGAAACUCAUUCGUGUUUACGUUUUUUCGGGAGUUUGAAUUGCGCGCUCUCAGCACGCACUGGCAACACUGCGCGGGGUUGCCAUCUAACACUGCGCUGUACAUUUGCACAGCUUGUGCGCGCGCACUGCUUGCGUGUCUGUACACUGCUUGCUGCCAGUGCUGGUCAGCUGUUCAGCCAGUGCGUGGUAAGAAGAAGAAGCGCGCGCACGUUUUUUUAUUUACAAAAAUUGUUCUUAGUCAAACGUAUCGAAUGCGCCAUGGAUGAUAAUAUAACGUUCAAUGUAAUAACAAAGCCGGCUAUUAAAACAGUGAAAAAGGCGGCGCCUGUGGCAAAGGCGCUGAACAAAAAAACACGUGCAGCAGCGGCUGCGUCGUCGGGAUUUGAAUUCCAGUUCAAUGCAGAGAAGCCCAAGGUGAAGGCGCUGGUGGUGCGCCGUCGUGUAGCGACACAGCCAAAGGAGCCGGCAGCAGUCACAAAGCCGACAGCGCAGUUAAAAGAGUCCUCAAAGGAGCAGUCAAAAGAGUUGCCCAAGAAACCCGUUAAACCUGCUGUGAAUGGCAACAAAGAUGCGACUGAGGACGACAACAGCUUCAUGUUCAAUGUAUUCACCGCACAGCCCAGCGUGCCCGCUCCCAAGCCCAAGUCCAAGGUGGUGGAGCCACCCAAACCGCUGCUCAACGAUCUGCGCAACAAAAAGCAACUGCGUGCCGCUCUGCGUGGCCAAAAAGAGAAUCCCAACAAGCAGCCACGUGCCGGGGAUCUGUUCAAGGCGAAGCUGGAUGAGGAGCACAGACAAAAGCGUGCCGCCGAGCAGCCAACAACGAUAGCUACUGAUGCUAAAGAAGAUGCAGAUGGCAAGCCAAAGACGCCAGCGCAGACGACAAACAAGUUUCGCACCAAGAAGAUUGGACUCUUCGAUCAGAGCGAUGUGGCCGCACUCAAGCAACUGGGACAACGGGCCGUCAAGCCCGUGAAGGAGACCAUCUUCUCGGGUAGCAAAGUGUCCAGCUUGGGGCUGCAUCCACAUGCCGAAAAGAAUCUGGCCGAUUUGCUAAGCAUCACCGAACUGACCACAGUGCAACAGAAGACCAUCCCAGAGGUGCUGGCAGGCCGUGAUGUGUUAGUGCGCUCGCAAACCGGAUCGGGGAAGACGUUGGCCUACGCUUUGCCCAUUGUGGAGCGUUUGCAGGCCCAACAGCCGCACAUCAAGCGCACCGACGGUGUGCUCGCUCUAAUCAUUGUGCCAACGCGUGAGUUGACGCUGCAAACAUAUGAAUUGUUCCAGAAGCUGCUCAAGCCGUACACCUGGAUUGUAGCGGGCACUUUGCUGGGCGGCGAGAGUCGCAAGAGUGAGAAGGCGCGUCUACGCAAGGGCAUCAAUGUGCUCCUGGGCACACCCGGACGUCUCGUUGAUCAUCUGCUGCACACGGCCACAUUUAAUCUGUCGAAGCUGCGAUUCCUAGUGCUCGACGAAGCUGAUCGUCUGCUGGAGUUGGGCUAUGAACGGGAUGUCAAGCAGCUGGUGGAGGCCAUCGAUAAGCAGCGCACAGAGGCAGCCAAAACAGAAGCAGAGCCAGAAGCAACUCCGGAGGCUGCUCCGGUUGCCAUGCAGAGCAUGUUGCUGAGUGCCACGCUCACGUCGCAGGUGCAACAACUGGCGGGAUUGACGCUCAAGGAUCCGCUGUACAUCGACAACAGCGAUGAGGCAGCGCAGGCGGCGAUUAAAGGCAACGCCAGCGGCUACGAGAAGGAAACGAUUGAAGCACAACUUGCCGAAGGACUCGGCGAGUACAUGGAGGAUUUGACGGGUGUGCUGAGCAUACCGGAGAAUCUGCAACUCAGCUAUGUGAUUGUGCCGCCAAAGCUGCGUUUGGUCACCAUUUCGGCGCUGUUGGCCAAAGAGCAAGCGGCGAGUCCAAAGCAGUUUAAGGCCAUCAUAUUUAUGAGCACCACCGAAAUGGUGAAUUUCCAUCAUGAUCUGUUAAACGAGGCGCUCACACGUCGCGUCCUUGACGAGGACGACGAAGAACUGGCUGCCGAACAGGAGCAGGCCAAUGAUGGCGAGAAGCCGCUGCUCCAAGGACUGCGAUUCUUCAAGUUGCAUGGCUCGAUGACGCAAACAGAGCGACAGGGUGUCUUCCGUGGCUUUCGCGAUUGCGGCAGCUGUGUCCUGCUGGCCACCGACGUCGUUGGCCGUGGCAUCGAUGUGCCCGACAUCAAGCUGGUGGUGCAAUACACCGCAGCACAGACCACAGCGGACUUUGUGCAUCGCGUUGGACGCACAGCGCGAGCCGGUCGACGGGGUCGAGCGGUGUUGUUUUUGGCGCCUAGCGAGGCGCAAUUUGUGCGGCACUUGGAGAACAAACGCAUUCGCAUUCAGCAGGCGGAUAUGUACAGCUAUUUGGAUGCGCUGGUCCCGCGGGAUCCGGAGGCACGCAAUGUCCAGGAGGCAGCUUCGAAUUUGCAGCAUAAAUUUCAAUCGCUGCUCGAGGAUGAUCGGGAGCUGAACGACAAGUCGUGCAAGGCCUUUGUCUCGUGGAUGAAGUUCUAUUCGACAUUUCCCAAGGAGCUGAAGUCCAUAUUCAAUGUGCGCGUCGCCCACAUGGGACACUUUGCCAAGAGCUUUGCCCUCAAGGAGGCGCCCAGCAAGUUUGCCCACAAGCAUGCCGCCCCCAAGCCGGCGCCGCCCACCAAUCGUCUCACCUACACGGAGCGUGAUCCGGAGAAGCUGCAGCAGGCGAAACGGGCCAAGAAGCGACUCUAUACGACAACGGUGAGCGGCGAAGUGCGGCAAAUGCAAUCGCAACAGCAGCAAGCAAGCAAACCAGAAGGCGAGUGGCGCCAUCUAUCGGCGGGCGGCGGCAACGGCGGCGGUUUCGGCAGCAAAAGCAACUUUAUGAAGAGCUUGAACAAAUCGCGUGCACUCAACAUAUCCGAGUUUGAUAGCGGACUUCCAGCUUUGCCAGCGCCCAAAAAACGCAAACAGGCGUAGUAGAAAGAGACAGAGAGAGAGAGAGGGAUAUAGAGUGAGGAGUGAAGAGAGCGGCAUUUUAGGGAGCUAUUCAAGCAUUUAAUCGAAAAGCAGAGCAGCUACAAAAAUGCUAAAAAGCCGAACCAGAAGCAGAAGCAGAGAGCGCCUCAUAAAAGUUUCAUUUUUCUCAACUUUUAAGCCCGGACGUCCUGCGGGAAAAGUUGGAAGACUCGCGGACGACGACGUCGACGACGAACGCAGCGUAGCAUAUUUUAAGCUCAUCUUUAUAGAGAAAACUCUUUUUAUCCUAUUUUUUUUUUUUUUGUGUAUUUUCUGUAAUAUGUUUUUUAAGAGCAAAUAUUAGAAAUCCAUUUUCCGCUCAGUGCAGAUUCAUUCAGUUUUGAAAAUGUCAAUCCCUGUUGCUGUCACAGCAGCAACUAAGCGAUGUGGAAAGAGAGCGAGGGGGAGGGGAAAAGAGAGGGGAGUGCGGCACGUGUUGGCCGCCUUUUUGUGCAACUGAAGCGCGUAAUUUGUUGGACAAGCCAUAAAUAAAUAUGAAACAUAAACGCAUAAAAAAAUCAAACGAUUUGCUUUCAUUUACUUUUCCCAUCUAGUUCGUCUCUCUAUUUUUUUCUUCUUUUUUCUCCCCUGCAAUAUUUGCGCAGGACACGUGUCGAGGAUAUUGACAACAACAACAACAGCAACAAAAUAAAGUACAAAAAGGAAACAUUCGUUGGCUAUUAUGCACAUUAAUUGCUGUUCAGUCCAAUUAAAAGCGGAGUUCAGCGAUUGAUUUUUAAUUAGUCUGUGCUUAUCGAAGGGUUUGUUUAGCUCUUUAUUUUUCUCUCCUGUUUUCUUUGUGUCUGUCUCAACUCGAUACUUGAAUUGGCCCAGCCAAUCAAGCGUGUCCAAGCAACCCAACUACCAACCUCAAGUCUGAAGUCAACUUUGAAUGGCGUCCUAAUUACGUGCUACGUGCGAGUGUCAACACAUGAAAUAAUAUUUUGAUUCAAUCCGCCUCGUCGCACGCAGCUCAAGGGCUGACUUUUGCACGGCAGCGAAUACCCUACAUUAUCUUGGGGUAUAUAGCAGAGUUGAUCAGGCGUGGCUCAUUUAUAUAUCAUUCAUUCAAAAACGUCUGAGGAGCUAUUUGGAAAAUUUGUAGUACAAUUAUUUUUGAUUAAAAUUAAAUGUGCAUAAGAAAACCAGAUUCCGAUUAUUCAAUUAUUUUUUGUUGAAGUGAAUUAUGCAUAAGUAAAUCAGGUUCCAAAAUAUAAUUUGAAACUUUUCUUGAAGCCAAGUCUGUUGUAGAAUAUAAAUCAUAAGACAUGGAAAAAUAUCAAUUCUUGAAUUAAAGCGUUAGCGUUGAACUGGAAAUAAAAUUAUGCUAAAUGCUAAUAGUUUAGCAUAAAUAAGAUACUCUUUAUGUA